CAGGUCCUUCUGGAAGCCACGCUGCAGCCAUGGCUUUUAAAGACACCGGGAAGACACCCUUGGAACCAGAGGUGGCGAUUCGCCGAGUUAGAAUGACUCUAACCAGCCAUAGCAUAAAAUCUUUAGAGAAGGUAUUUGCUGACUUGAUCACAGGCGCAAAGGAAAAGACUCUCAAUGUGAAAGGACCAGUUUGGAUGCCUACCAAGACUCUGAGAAUCACUACAAGGAAAACUCCUUGUGGUGAAGGUUCCGAGACUCGGGAUCGUUUUCAGAUGAGCAUCCACAAGCGACUCAUUGAUUUGCACUGUCCUUCUGAGAUUGUUAAGCGGAUUACUUCCAUCAGUAUUGAGCCAGGAGUUGAGGCUGAAGUCACCAGUGCAGAUACUUAA